AGAGAUAUAGGUGCCCGCUCCACAGCCGCGCGCUCUCGUUAGGCUUUGCCGCUACGCGUGAGGCAGUGACGCGUUGCUACUUCCGGGCACUAAAGGCCAGGAAAAAGGGAUGGAAAACAAUUUCCUAGAUCCCAGCAACUAACUCCGCCGUUACUGACACCCAAGCGUUGUCCCAGUGCGCAAGCGCUGCAGCGAGCUGCACGCCGCAACCGGGAGGGGGAACAGAGGCCAGGGGCGUGUCGCGUGCUGCGGUUCCGGGGCGGGGCUGGGAGGAGGAGGCCGAAUCCCAGUUCCGCUGUCGCUGCGGCAGCAAUGGCGAUUUUCAGUGUGUAUGUGGUGAACAAAGCUGGCGGCCUGAUUUACCAGUUGGACAGCUACGCGCCACGGGCCGAGGCUGAGAAAACGUUUAGCUACCCUCUUGAUCUGCUCCUCAAGCUGCACGACGAGCGUGUAUUGGUUGCCUUCGGCCAGCGCGACGGCAUCCGGGUGGGCCACGCAGUGCUGGCUAUCAAUGGUGUGGACGUGAAUGGUAAAUAUACGGCCGAUGGGAAAGAGGUGCUGGAGUACCUGGGCAACCCUGCUAACUACCCGGUGUCCAUUCGAUUCGGUCGGCCUCGCCUCACCUCAAAUGAGAAGCUCAUGCUGGCCUCCAUGUUCCACUCGCUGUUCGCAAUCGGCUCCCAGCUGUCUCCUGAACAGGGCAGCUCAGGCAUUGAGAUGCUGGAGACAGACACAUUCAAACUGCACUGCUUCCAAACACUGACAGGGAUAAAGUUUGUGGUGCUGGCAGAUCCUAGGCAGGCUGGGAUAGACUCUCUUCUCCGAAAGAUUUAUGAGAUUUACUCAGACUUUGCCCUGAAGAAUCCAUUUUAUUCCCUGGAAAUGCCCAUCAGGUGUGAGCUGUUUGACCAGAACCUGAAGUUAGCCCUGGAGGUGGCAGAGAAGGCUGGAACUUUUGGACCUGGGUCUUAGGCUGAACCUGCAAUGGACACCCCACCCCAGAUUCUGAGAGAUCCUGCAGCAGAGGUUCUGCUGUUUCCAGUUGGAUGGAGAUUUCAGCAGCCUUGCUAGUGCACUUGAAAAUGGGAGGAUGCUGAGCCUGAUGACAUGUACUGAUCCCUGAGCCUUAAUACCAUGCUCUCUUCCCUCCUGUAUCUUUCAUGGUCCUACUUCCCAGCUCUGUACAGAUUAUUUAUGGAGGAGAUAGGCCCAGAAAUGCUGUAAUAAACAUUCCUUUAAUUUCA